CUCGAACCGAUUCCAUCCUAUCUAAGCAGUUGCACAGCACCAUACGCUACCGUGCGAUACGGAAACAGGACCGAAGAAAGACACCCAAGAAGAUCAAAGACUGCGGAGUCGUACGGCAGCACUACACUGCACCGCACUUCACUAGACUUUACUAGACCACACAAGACCAAACAACGCAUACCACAACCACCACAAGGAAGACAAGAUGACGAACAUGAUCAAGGACGUCUUCGACAAGCAGGUCCUGGAGCUCAAGAAGCUCUGGGCCAACAAGCGCCAGCUGCUCUUUCAAUUGCUGAACCUGGCCAUGAUCGUCUUCUCGGCGCUGAUGAUCUGGAAGGCACUCAUGUGCUACACAAAGGUGGGUUGGCUCUCGUUUUGUUUUGUUUCGUUCGUUUCGAUGGGACGCAAUGCCGUGCCGUGCCAUGCGAUGCAAUGCCAUGCCAUGCAUGCAGCGUGCCCUGUUUGCGGCCGGGGCCGAGCACCGUGCCGCCGGAAGAAUUCCCUGUAGCAGCGCUUGUUUGUGGUCGCUGGUUGUGGUUGCCGACGAUGGCGAGGGAGGAGGAAGACGAUGCCCUGUUUGUGGUUUUUUUUUUUUGCCGCGUUCCAGUAGUUCUCACCCACCUCCAACUCGUUUGUUUCCGACCCGCGAUUGAUCCGUGCAACAAUCGUUGUGCGUGGCAACGACUCGACGAUUCCGUGCGCCAUGCAAUGGGAUGCGAUGCUAUGCUAUGCCACUGAACGAACCGAAUUCACGCAACCAACACAAAACAAUACCAAACCAAUACCAAACGCAACCAAAACRACGGGCACACCACCACACCACACCACUCAAACACCACCGUAUUGUGCUACGAACCACCACGACGGCAGAGCGAGUCGCCGGUGGUGGUGGUCCUGUCGGGAUCGAUGGAGCCCGCCUUUCAGCGCGGGGACAUUUUGUUCCUGAACAACAGCGUGGAGCAGGUCGGCGUCGGGGACGUGGUGGUCUUCAAGAUCAAGGACCGCGACAUCCCCAUCGUCCACCGKAUCCUCAAGGUCCACCAGGACGGCCCGGACGGCAGGGUGGAGCUGCUGACGAAGGGAGACAACAACCGGGUCGACGACCGCGGCCUGUACGCGCCGGGACAGCUGUGGCUGGAGCGGGAGGACAUACUGGGCAAGGCGGUGGGAACCCUGCGGUACGUGGGCAUGGUGACGAUCGCCCUGAACGACUACCCCGUGCUCAAGUACGUUUUGGUGGGGAUGAUGGGGCUCUUUGUGCUGACGAGCAAGGAGGGAUAGGAGACGCACCACGCCACGCCACAGCACAGCACRSCACAUUGCACGCGYACCACACACAAAC